AUGCUUCUACCAGAUAUGCCCGCAGCCCUUGAAAAUGAAAUUACAGCGCCACCAGUUCAAGGCUUUUACCGCCCUCUCUUUUCGUCCAAUAACAAUAACAACAAUACCAAAAAUGACAAUAACAAUAUGAAUAACAAGAACAAUAACAAAAAUAACAAUUAAAACAAUGCCAACAAUGACAAUUAAAUCAAUUACAAAAACAAUAAUAAUAACUACAACAAUAUAAACAACCAUAUAAACAACAACAGCAACAACUAUAACAAAAAGAAUAACAGCAAUGAUAGAAACAAUAAUAAUUAAAACAAUAACAACAACUAUAACAAGAACAAAAACUAUAACAACAAAAAUAACUUUAACAAUAACAACAACUUUAACAUUAACAACAACUAUAACAAAAGCAAAAACUAUAACAACAAAAAUAACAUUAACAAUAACAACUAUAAAAAGAACAACAACAACUAUAACAAAAAGAAUAACAGCAAUGAUAGAAACAAUAAUAAUUAAACCAAUAACAACUAUAACAAGAACAAUGGCAACAAUAAUGUUAAUAACAACAACAAAAGCAACCAUAUGAACAAACAUAACAACAACUAUAACAAGCACAAUAAUAUUAAUAAAAGCAACAUUGAGAACAAAAAUCCUCACUGUUAA